CAGCUUCCGGAAUGAUAAGAGAGUAGGACCAAGUUCCGGUGUGUUCCUCGGUCAGGCAAGGAUCCAUUGAAUCUCAAACCGAGGAGCGUUUAUUAUUAUUACAGAGUUACUCAGUCGUUUAUAAAUUAAAUUAAUCUACGUUAAUGUUCGUCUAACACAAUAAAUAAUAUAGGAACAAAAAAACAGCCAUUUCAAGGCAGACCCGUGAAUACAGACAGUUACAGGAGAUUUGGGAUUUCAUUUUCAUAACGCUGUGGCAUUAUCUUACUUGGAUGGAAAAUAAUCGGAUUUAUUUUACGGUUUAGACCGCUGACAUUUGAAAACAAGACCGUGUGCGUGUCGCGUUGUCUUUUCACUAUAUCGUUAAUUACGUUAUCUACAGUUUGCAAUAUUAAUACGAUUUAUAUACACAACCGCCGUGGCGAUAUAGCUUAUACAGCUUACGACAAUAUUCUGCAUCGAGCUGUUUUUAUUUAUCAUUGUAAAUUCGUGUCAGAUGCAAAAUUUAACGAGUUAACUUCAAGCACUCCGAUAAUAAUAAUAAUAAUCCGAAAAUGACGCUGUUCCAUUUUGGAAACUGCCUUGCUCUGGCAUACUUUCCCUAUUUCAUCACCUACAAAUGCAGCGGGCUAUCAGAAUACAAUGCGUCCUGGAGGUGUGUUCAAGCAGGUGCCACGUACCUUUUUGUCCAGCUCUGUAAGAUGCUGUUUCUGGCCACUUUCUUCCCGACGUGGGAGGGAGGCUCUGGGGUUUAUGAUUACGUUGGCGAGUUCAUGAAGGCCACAGUGGACCUGGCUGAUCUGCUGGGGCUGCACCUGGUCAUGUCCUGGAACGCUGGCAAGGGAGAGUACAAGAUCAUGGUGGCGGCGAUGGGCUGGUCCACUGCGGAGCUCAUCAUGUCCAGGUGCAUUCCUCUGUGGGUAGGAGCACGCGGGAUCGAGUUUGAUUGGAGGUACAUUCAGAUGAGCUUCGACUCCAACAUCAGUCUGGUUCACUAUGUUGCCAUGGCGUCUCUGGUGUGGAUGUUCACACGCUAUGACCUGCCCAAGAGUUUCCGGUUGCCUGUGACGGUGCUGCUGGGGGUCUGUGUGUACAAGGCGUUCCUCAUGGAGCUGUUUGUUCACAUGUUUCUGCUGGGCAGCUGGACGGCUCUGCUUGUGAAAGGAGUGCUGACUGGAGCCAUCUCUCUGUGCUCUCUCUUCCUGUUCGUCACCCUGGUGCACAGCAACUGAGCUCACCUAUCUCCUCCUACACCUCCGGGCUGCAGUACCUCCAUACACCACAGGGGGGAGACAGAGCGACACGGAGAGAAAAUCUCAACGUUACCGGAGAGCUGUUGAAGGCGCGACACCCUUUUCUUCAUGAUCUGUAUUUUUUUUUUUUAAAUCAUGUUUAAUUGUAAAAAAAAAGCAAAAAUUGUCUGAGCUUUAAAUUUAAAAAAAUUCUUGUUAAUUCA